GCCCCGCCGCUUUGUCCGCCGCGCCGCCGGCGGGAGCGGCUCGUCCCGGCGUGGGGUGAGUGGGGCGGGGGGAGCGCCGAGGGCCGCCGGGUGCGGUGGGGCGAGGGGCCCCGCGGUUGGGGGCGGGGGGGCGGCUCGGGGCGCGGGUGGGUCGGGCCGUGGCGCGCGGCGCUGCUCCGCGCGUGGCGGCUCGGCCACCUGCCCCGGGCGGCGGCCCGCGUCACCUGCGUGCCCCGCGUCCCUCCCCGGGCGGCCCGGGUCCCCCCGGCCCGCCCCCUGCCCCGGCCCCGAGGCGCCGCGCUGCCGGGCGAGGGGCGGCCGCGGACACAAAGCGUCGUCCGUGCGGCGGGGCGCGGCGGCGGAGCAGGUGGCGGCGGCGCCCCGCGGGGCGCUCGGCCGGGGCGGCGGGGUGGCCGAGGGGCGGCUUCCUGUCCCCGGUGCUCGGGGUCGGCGGAGCCCCGGUGCCGGCGCGCGCCCGUCGCCGGUGCGAGGCUCGGAGCAGAACAAUAGCGGCGCGAGAGGUCUCCCGGAGCGGUCUGCGAAGUCGCGUCCCGGCCGGAGGGACGGGGACCCGGGCUGCCCCGACGGCGGCGUGGCGGGAGGGAGGCCGGGAGGCGUCCCCUCUGCCGCCCUCCCCGCCGUGCCGUUACCGGGCGGCCCCGUCACCUGCCGCCCUCGCGUCGGCCCCGCGCCGGCGGCCGGGCGGUGCGCCGUCUCCCCGCGGCUUCGGCCAGAAGCUGCUGCGCUUUCCCCGCAAUUUCCUCCUCGACAUCUGGCGUCAGCUGCAACUUUGUGCAAUUCCCUGCCCGCCUCGUGCUGCCCCUCGCCGUCAUCCUGCUCCCUCGUGCUCCACUUCCCUGCCGUGCCCGUGCCGCGGGGUGUGGCGCCGCCCAGGGAGCAGGUGGCGGGCGAGUGUCCGGCUGCGCCGCGCCGUCCCGUCGCCCACCGGAGCCGGCACUGCCCCGCGACCGUGUUUACCCUUGCCGUGGUGACUCUUCCCCCAGAUACCUCCCAUCCGGGACGGGGCUGAGCCGACCGCCUGGCCAGGAUGAGCUGGAGCUUCCUGACGCGGCUCCUGGAGGAGAUCAACAACCACUCGACCUUCGUGGGCAAGAUCUGGCUUAGCGUCCUCAUCAUCUUCAGGAUCGUGCUGACGGCCGUGGGGGGCGAGUCCAUCUACUACGACGAGCAGAGCAAGUUUGUCUGCAACACGCAGCAGCCGGGCUGCGAGAACGUCUGCUACAACGCCUUCGCCCCGCUCUCCCACGUCCGCUUCUGGAUCUUCCACAUCAUCAUGGUGGCCACCCCCUCGGUGCUCUACCUGGGCUUCGCCAUGCACCGCAUCGCCCGCAUGCCCGAGUCCUCGCGGCGCCGGGCGCCGGCAGCUCAGCGCGGCCGCAUGCCGGUGGUGCGGCGUGGAGCCGGGCGCGACUACGAGGAGGCGGAGGACGAUAACGAAGAGGACCCCAUGAUCUUCGAGGAGAUCGAGGUGGAGAAGGAGAAGGGCGCCGAGGGCGGCGAGAAGCACGACGGCCGGCGCCGCAUCAAGCGGGACGGGCUGAUGCGCGCCUACGUGCUGCAGCUGCUGUGCCGCAUGCUGCUGGAGUCGGCCUUCCUCUUCGGGCAGUACCUGCUGUUCCGCUUUAAGGUCAGCCCCUCGUACGUGUGCAGCCACAGCCCCUGCCCGCACAUGGUCGACUGCUUCGUCUCGCGCCCCACCGAGAAGACCAUCUUCCUGCUCAUCAUGUACGCCGUCAGCGGGCUCUGCCUCUUCCUCAACAUCUGCGAGCUCCUGCACCUGGGCGUGGGGCGCAUCCGCGACGCGCUGAGCCAGCCCAACGGCCCACCCGCCGGCAGCCCCGCGCCGCACUACGCCAAGAAGCCCCCCAGCGCGCCGCCCACCUACCACUCCCUGAAGAAGGAGCCUCUGAAAGCCCCGCUGCCCGACGGCAAGCUGGACUACAGGGAGAACCUGGCCAACUCGGCGGCCGAGCGCUUCGCCCUGGCUGGCGCUCCCCGCGAGCACGAGCUGGAGCGGCUGCGCGAGCACCUGCGCCUGGCCCAGGAGCACCUGGAGAUGGCCUUCCACCUGCAGCCGCCCCCUCGGGCCCCCAGCCCCUCGCGCAGCAGCAGCCCCGAGGCCAACGGCAUGGCUGCCGAGCAGAACCGCCUCAACCUGGCGCACGAGAAGGGCAGCGGCUGUGAGCGCAGCACAGGGCUGUGAGUGAUGAAGACGGACGGUGCCAGACAGUGGCGUGGCGCAGCGCAGCGUGGGACGGUGACGUGGAUCUGCGCAGGGCGUCUCCAUCCCAGUGGGCAGCAAUGGGGACAGGGGCUCGGGGAACCUUCCUUCACUGUUCUUAAUUGUUUUUUUUUUUAAAGGGAAUAUCUUAUUUUUGUACCUUUUUAUAAACUCAGCAGCGCACCCUGGCAUUUUUAUACACCCCUCCCAAUGCCCGCUCUGGGCCCACACCUCCCGUCCCCAUCUCCUGUUGCAUCCCCACAUCCCUCCCCACGCCCCGUGCCUGCGGCACCUCCCACUCGUGCCUCCCCCACGCUCUGUGUGCACGUGCGGGUCACGACAGCGGUAAGGAUGCUCACACUACACCCAGGUCCUGCUGGCCAGGCUGCACCACGGGCUGGCACUGAGCCUGAAGUAGAGGUGACAGCAGGGACCUGGGAGAGACAUAUCCCAGUGGCACCGCAGCUGGGUGUGCCCAUACAGUGAGCACGCGUGGGUUGCGCAGAGCUCCUCUCAGCUCCCCUUUGGCUUCCCCCUCUCCUGGCUGCUCUUUUUAGGGAGCGCAGGGGUUUGUGUUUGUCCUCCCCAUCUCCCCCACUUCCCUGCCAGCAGCUCUCCUUGGGCUUCGGACCAAAGCCGAUCCUCCCCAGCCUGGUGUGGGGCUGGGAGCCCUGCGUGGGACUGUGCAGUGCCCAGAGCGGGUCGGUGGGGAGACACUCGGGCAUUGUGAUCAUCUCACGGGUGACGCGGUGAAUUUUGUAGCGUUGUUUUGUACUUGUAUAAUUGUGACUUUUUUUUUCCUUUUUUUUUUUUUUUUUUUUUUUUAAUAAUAUCUAUAUCCAGUAAAGCCUGGAGACGUUUUGUACUGAA